AUGCAAUCAUUAUACAACGGCUUCUUGAACUAUUCAAGAGAACUUUUUGAUGCCUCUAAUUCAGCCUAGUCAUCAAUCAUUCAAGUAUGCGAUAACAUUGUACCAGAUCCCAAGUUAUUCACACAACUGCAUCCAAAAGGUCUUGCUUGGAUGGAUGAAAAUCAUGGUGGAAGCGGGACAUAUACAAGCUAGAAUAAGCGAAAAAAAUAAAAAGGCAAAUUAAUCAAAGGCUUUGUGCUAAAUCAAGAUUAUUUCCAAAAUAGGAGUUCAAGUCUUAGUGAAAACAAUCCAAUUACACAUACUACAAUGCCAAGUAUUAAUCGAAGUGCUCAAUAAGAGAGAAAGAUCAAAGGUUCGUUUCCAGCAAAAUUUGAGACUCUUAUAUUAAAAAAAGAAUCACGAAAUGGAUUUGGGAGCUCGGUAGAGAGAUUUUUAGACUUAAAUGCAACUUUAAAUUCUAGUAAUUCACAGUUGAUCAUUAAGAACUCAGAAAAAUCUGAAAUUCCUGGACCAGGUACUUACAUUUAGGAUGCUAGCUUGAUGGCUAAAGAUAAUGCAGAAUCAAUGAGUCGAAAGGGCUAUGGGAACGGAUUCGUGUCCAAGAGUAAAAGAUUCAAUUUAUGCUUUGACAAAAAUUCUUUGGAUUAUGUUUACGCAAAAUUAAAAGCAACACCCGGUCCAGGGUAGUAUGACUUCAACCUUUCUACCAUGAAUUCAAGGAGACCGAUCUCCUCUGUAUCUACAUAAUUCAGCACUCCAAAGCGCAGUCGAUAGCCAUAGUUAAUCCCAAUAGAUCCAAAUCAAUCAAGCUUAGAGAAUAUUAAUACAAUGAAUAUCCAAGUCAAUGAUGAUUCUUUGAUGAAAUAGGAAUCGACUUUUUUAUUUGAUCAUUAAAAAUCUGUUUAAAAGAAAACGAGGUUUCGCAUUCCUUAAGUAAAUAAAGAUAUUAGUGAUACACCCGGUCCAAGUGAUUAUAAAAUAAGAGAAAUGAGUUCAGCCAAAAAAUAUAGGGGUAUCACAAUUCCAAAGAGUCAUUAUAAUAAAAUGGAAUCGGAAAUUGAAGAGAAGUAAAACCUAGCGCCUGGUUAUUAUAAAGUAUCUGACGAUUCAAUUAAAAAAAGAAAUAUUGCAUGCAAGAUAAGACCUCCUAAGCCACCUAAGAAGUAAAUCUAAAUAAUAUAGCAAGCCAUUGAUGAAAUACAGUAUCCUCCUGUUAUUUAAUCAUCAUUAAAUCAUCUCUUGAAAUUUGACAAGAUUGAUUUUGAGGCGCUUGAAAUAGUUGAUUAAAGAGAUUACAUUGGUCCAGGCACUUUUAAGACUGAAGAAUAUAACUCAAUAGAGUCAGAAUAGAUUAACAAAAAUAUUACUGGCAAUGAACAUAAUUACUACUUUGUUCAGCCAGAGAGAAACGGCAACUUUAGAGAUAAGCUAGUUUAAAAGUCAAUUUUCAAUGACAAUAUGGCUCAUUUACAGAACCCUGGUCCUGGGAACUACAAUGUCGAAAAUUACAACACAAUCAAAUAAAGCACUAAGGCUGAAUAACUUCCUGCAGGCACCAAUCAAUUCAAGAGUGAUGUUAUAAAGGGAGAAAGCUUUAUGCUAAUGCUCAAGAAUGAGAAGCAAGGUCCUGGCCCUGCUUAUUAUCACCCAACUGAAGAAAAGGAUGCAAAGAAUAUGAAUCCAUUGAGAAAAUGGCUCUGA